AUGCAGGCGGCGCACGAGUCACCUAGAUGUCGCGCCUAUUGUCCGAGCCGUGCCAUCCGUCGGCCGCUGGGAGGCGUUGUAUCUUAUAAUAUACAACGUGAACUACCUUACCAUGUAGGACCAAACGACCCAUUUGCAGUCGAGGUUAAUCCAAAUUUCAGCAUCCAACCAUCUCAAAGAUUAUUUUGGGGCAAUGAUCAAGGCAGCAACCAAGUCGGUGGAAAUCCAAAUUUAUGGACCAAAUUGACUAAUAAAUUUCCUUUUCUACAAAAUAUGUUCGGACGCAUGGAGCUGCCGACUCAAUAUGGAGUACCAGUAGCGCCUCAGCAACAGUACUUUCCUGCAAAUUUCCAGCCACAAUAUUAUAAUGGACAAUAUCACCAACAGUUUUUCCCAUCUGGCCGUGAUAUAGGGCUUACAGACGAUGCUGUGAUCGUGACUCCUCCACAUGUGCCUAUAUUGCCUCAGCCGGCACCACAGCCAGUGCCUCAACCCGCUCCGGAACCUUCUCCGGGAUACCACUACAAUAAACCCCAGUAUCGUCUGGAACUUCCUCUAAAG